AAUGCUGGGCUGUGGCCAGAACCGAACACUAGGGUUUACGAGCCUGCUCGGCCUCGCCCUCUCCCCUCUCCUUAUCCACCACCUCUCGUGAACCGUCACGCCGCCGCCGCCGCAGCUGUUUUCGUUCUCCUGCGUCCCCCUCCGCCGCCGUUGGUCGACGAAGAGAUCUUGAAGUUCCUCCCAGUCGUCACCAUGCAGAACGAGGAGGGGAAGAUGGUGGACCUCUACGUCCCCAGGAAGUGUUCUGCCACGAACAGGAUCAUCACCGCCAAGGACCAUGCCUCCGUGCAGAUCAACAUUGGGCACGUGGAUGAGAAUGGUGUGUAUGUUGGCAACUUCACCACGUUUGCUCUCUCUGGGUUUGUUCGUGCUCAGGGUGAUGCUGACAGCUCAUUGGACAGGCUGUGGCAGAAGAGGAAGGCUGAGAUCAAGCAGUAGCGUUUGCUUCAAGGCUCGGCUAGAAUUGACUCUUAUGAUGUUGAUGCUGUCUUGGUAAUAUUUUGAUUUCUGUAUUGGACAAGUUUGGAUGUAAUGGUGUGAGUUCAGCUGGUACCUCUAAACCAAAGAAUUAUCCUAUGCUCAAUCCAUUUCGAGCCUUUUUAAGCUAUAAA